ACAGUAGGUUUUUAAAGUUUAUACAUUAUUAAAAGUAAAUAUUAAAAAAGUAGCAAUAUUUCUAGUAUAUUUUAAAAUAAAUUAAAUCUACAAAGUUAUAGCAAGAUAAAAGAUUUGAAAAUGAAAAUACCUUACGUUGUGUCCACAAAUACAAGGCGAGCCUAUUCAACGUCGCCUUUUAUGAAAUCUUCCCAACCGGAGGCGGAACGAAAAAUCGUGGCCGAAGACUUUGAGUGGGAUGACAAUGUGACUCCUGCGCCUCUUACAUACUUCGCAGCUUUGGAAUUGUCUCGGAAUUUUCAUAGAAUCAAUCCUCUAAACGAUAUUCUUCAGAAGGAUAUAAAUAUGCUGAUGGAUUUAUAUCCAGCAAACAUUCCUUUGAGAGAUUGUGUUCCCAGCAUUAAGGAUGAACAAUUUUGGAAAAGGUCUUUUUACACAAAGUUUCCAUCUCGAAAAGAAAUGGGUGUAACAUUCUGGAAGGGAAAAUUUUUAUCAGCAUGUCUUCAAGAUUAUCUAGAAAACGUCAAUCCAGAUAUUUACAUUGAAAAAGAUGCAGUUGAGCUUGCAGUACUGGUUAGUCCAUAUAUUUAUCAAUUGAGUCUCAAUCAACUUCAAAUAGUGCGACAGCCAACGCCUCCAGUGCCGUUUGAGGACAAAAUCGAAGAUACAUGUGUCUUUAGCGUGCCAAAGUUGUACGAUCACUUGCCACUAGAAGCACCUCUGGCCAAACUAUACAAUCUUCAAGAAAUAUCUCUUGUUUUUGGCAUAAAUAACGUGGAAGACGGCUACUUACCGAGAUAUUUUGAAUUCUCUAUAGCAGAUUGUGAAUCUCUUUGCAGAGGAUUAGAGUAUUUGACGAAUCUCAAAAUCUUCAGAAUCAAUCGCAGCAAUUUAGAUAGCUCAAAAGUGAAAGUAAUUCUGCAGAAUCUUGUAAAAAAAGAUUGUAUUGAAGAAUUAGAUUUUAAUCAUUGUAAAAUCGGUGAUUAUGGCAUGAAGGCCCUGGGUGGUUUUAUAUUUGUACAUAAAAAUGUGAAACGUGUUAGAAUAGCUAACAAUCGAUUUAAAGAAGUUGGAGUACAGGGUAUUGCUUACGCUUUACAAAUGAAUCCUGCAGCUCCGAUUGAAUUACUUGAUUUCAGCUUGAAUCCAAUGUCAUUAGAAUGUGCCACAAUAUUUGCUGCGGCAUUUGUGCGAUGUAAGGAGAAGCCGCAGACACUAAUCGUCAACUCAUGUGGAUUCACUGGAGCAUCUGCUGAGAAGAUGGCUGGCUUGCUAAGUCUCAAUCGCGGCCUUACAAGGCUUGACAUGGCGGCUAACAACUUAUCAGGCGAAGCAGAAAAAACUCUGAUUCGAGCUCUCGAGCAAAACAAGAAAGUUCUGAGAGUUGAUUUACGUAAGACUUAUAUUUCUGAUGAAACUCAAAAGAAGGUCGAUGAAUUGCUGGAACGUAAUCGAAGUCUCGUUGGACAGGAAACAGAAGCAAGCGACGAAAUACCAACACUGUACCUCAAUGAACCCGAGUACUUGAUUUGGGAAUACAACCCCAAUAAUCCGGAUUAUAUACCUGGACGAUACCCCGAAAGAGUUCCCGAGAUUUAGAAUAUUAUACAAGUUCUUCAAUUUUAGCAUUCAUUUGACUUCACCGUAUUUUAUUAUUAGGUGUUGUUAUAUAGGUAUGAACGUAAUAUGUUAAAAUUCCUAAGUUCAUUUAUUUUGAUUCUUCAACCUUUUUUGUUUGCAUUUAAAUUUCAGGUAGGCGGUUAACAUGCAGAUUAAAAAGUGAAAUUAAGUGUUUUUUGUUAUUUACUUUCAAUAAAUUUGUUAAGUCAUUUGA